GUUCAAGCAUUAAUCUGACAGAAAGACCUGGGUGACCUGACCGUAGAUGUAAAUACAGGAGUAAAACAUGAUUAAAUAGAAAUAAUCCCUGUUUUUAUAGUCUAAAUUGUUUGAUUUUUGUUCAAUAUGUCGGACUCAGAAGAUGAAGCACCUGACAAACAGCUCAAAAUUGUUAUUAUGGGAGAUGGUGCUUCAGGAAAGACAUCUCUUGCUACUAGAUAUGCACAAGAACAGUUUGGAAGGCAGUAUAAACAGACAGUUGGAAUUGACUUUUUCUUGAAAAGAAUAGUUUUACCAGGAAAUGUUCAUGUAGCUUUACAAGUAUGGGAUAUAGGUGGACAGACAUUAGGUGGUAAAAUGUUAGAAAACUACAUAUUUGGAUCACAUGGUAUCGUGUUAGUUUAUGAUAUUACAAGUUAUGCAAGCUUUGAAAAUUUAGAUGAUUGGUAUUCAUCACUGAAGAAAGUAUUUGGAAAAGAAACAAAAUUGCCUCAUGUAGCUUUAGUUGGAAAUAAAAUUGAUUUAGAACACAUGAGAACUGUGAAAAUCGAUAAGCAUCAAAAGUUUGCUCAGGAAAAAGGAAUGUCAAGUCAUUUUGUCUCCGCUAAAACGGGAGAUUCUGUGUCUCUGUGUUUUCAACGAGUAGCAGCAGACAUACUUGGUAUAAAACUGACUAAGCCUGAAGUAGAACAACAUCAGAAAGUGAUCAAGGCAGAAAUUGUACAAUAUAAGAACGAAGCUUCGGCUAAACCUGUCACAAAUAAACCGCAGAAAAGUUCUCUAUGUUCGCUACAAUAAUGUUAUGAUGAUUCAUCUCUGCUGGUUCGGAGAUUUGGAACAGUGCAUUUGGGAUUUUUAAUUUUCUUCAUGGUUUGGGUGAAGAAUUGAAAUUUUAGACAAAAUGUUUGUCAUUCUAAAAUUUAUGUUGGUGUAAUUAGUGGAAAUUUAAUAUUUUCAAUUUUAUGGAUCCUUUAUCUAGUAAUGUUUUAUUUCACCACUAAAAAUAAUACUGAUUUAUUUGAGCACAAAGUAAAAGUUAUUUCCUUUACAGUGUAACUUAAUAAGAAAAGUUAAAUUUUGAAGGUUUUUUUUGGUCCUAUUUUGAACUGUUAAUCAUUUAAAGAAAAUGUACUUGACUUUAAGAACAUGAUGAAGGAUUUCCAGUUACAAGUCACAUAUAUUAUAAUCAGUAUAAAAAUGUAAAAAGAUCUGCUUCUGAGGAAUAUUUUUUUUUUAAUGUUUUUUUAUGUUGAGAUUUGAAAUCAAAAUUGAAGUAAUGGAGUUAGUUAUAUGUUUUGUUGUGAGAAGUAAUCUGAAUCAGUUUUCUGUUUAGAUGAGGAUAUUAUCCUUGGAAUAGACCUGUAAACUUAUCAAUAUUUUCCUGUAUGAUAGUUGUUAUGUUAGUCUAGCUAAUAAACGACAAUCCUAUCUACUCCACGAAAAUGUACCUAUUCAAGUACAGAGUACCCAAGAUUAAUGCAUUAUAUUUUUUAACUUAAGGUGGUACCAAAAACCUUUACUAAAAUUAAUUUGGCUUGUAUCAUUUUCAUAAAACUUUGAUCCUUUGACAAAAAUAUGAAAAUUUCAAAAAAACACACACUUUCUUGGAAAAAUUUCAUUGGAUAUAUAGUAGUUUGACAAACACUGAUUUUGAUCAUUGAGAAGCUUUUAAUAUUUCCUUAACAAAUCAAUGUGAUUAAAACAUUUAGCUGAAUUUUACAGAGUUAUCUCCCUGUAGUGUUAGGUACCACCCUAGUAUGCAUUAAUUAAAAAGAUAGUACUCAGUACUCAUUGCUUCUUAUAAACUAGGCAGUGGUUGUUUAGAGGAUUGUAUAAGAGAGUUUCUCUUAAUCACUGUAAAAAGUAGGAAUGUCUAUAACAAAAUGGCAAGGAGUUUAUCUACUUGAAGAUUUGCUAUGAUUUUCAUUUUUGUUGUAACAAUUUGAUUUUAUUAGAAUGCAUUAAUUUCAAAUAUGUGUGAAUACCUGAAUUCAUCCUAGCCUGCCAUUUUGUGAAUGAAACUUAGAAUUUUUAAGGAAUAUUGUAAUUUUCAAUAUUUUGUAGAGAAUUUACAAUAAGUUGUAUCAAUCAAAUAGCCACAUCCCACCAUACUCAUAAAAUCAUUAAAAGAUAGAUUAAGUUUGGAAAAGAUAUUUGUAAUUAAUUUUUAUAUACUAAAAUUUGAAUAUUUGACAAUUGAUAUUGAUUCAUGUAAUUUGAAAGCAGCAACUUAUUACAUCACAUACAUGUAGCAAUAAUUUUCCGAAUUAUGAUAUUCAGUUCUUUCUCAGCUUAUCCUAACUGUAAACAUUUGUUUAUUUAUUUUUGUUUUAAUGAAGGUUGUAUCUUUCAUACUUGUACAACUUAUUGACUUCAUUUAUUUACCAUUAAUCUACUCCAGAAAAAAGUUCUCUAACAUGUUUCAAAUACAUAGGAUAGUCAAGUUAAAUUUGUAAUAAUGGAAGAUGAAGAUAAGUGCUAACAAAAUCAGAAAUAACACAUUUACAAAUAUUAAGAUUGUUUUUACCUCUAUUGAAUUGAUAAACGAAGGAAUUAUUUACUAAUGAAUCUGCUUGUUUUAAGUUGGUUUUUUUAAUACAUUUUUAUACAGAAAAGGAGACUUGUCACUCUUAGGUAGAUUAACAGUAAAACUUGUAUAAUCUCAGAACUGUUUCUGGAAUGAACAAGAAGAUCUAUCAUUCAGAAGUGUUGAUCUGUGUUUUGAUAGACUUUCAGUCAUUGUUGUAUUUUUAUUUGUUGUAUUUUUAUUGUUUGUUUAUUUAUGAUAAGUUCCCUUUCAUUUUGUUGUCACAUAUCAGCUGCAAUAUUUUUUAUCUUAUUUUGUGUAUGAAAUGAUUUAGUAAAUUUGAGUUGAUAUAUUGGUUUUUUUUAAAUGUUACAGUUCUUAUAUAACACCAAUAGAGGUGUGAAAUGACUUCAGUUGAAUUAAGCUGACAUAUAGGUGGAAUUUACUGGUACAAAUAUUUUGCAUUUAUUUUGAAAAAGGUUGUUUUGAAUCUCUAAUUUUAUUUCAAUGAAUAUCUUGGUCUUUUUGUAAAGACAGUAGAUGUGUGUAUAUUUAUUGUCUUGCAUAUUGAAAUUUGAGAUGUUAUUACAUGUAAUUUUAUGGAAAAAGGGGGGAUUGGCUAUUUAACAGAUUAAAUAGUACAAUAUAUAUUAACUAUUUUAAAUAUCUACGACAUGAUUUAUUGAUGUGAUGUGAAAUACAUUUGAUAGAGUGAAGAUGAAUCAACACAUGACAUAGCAGUGCACCAUUCAAUGUUAUUUUCAUAUUAAAAUUGUGCUGGUUAUGUGUGAUAAAAAUUGGCAUUUUAAGGGGGGUUCGCGGGUAAAAAAUAAAAAAAAAGAUU